UCUUUCUUCCUCCUCUGGGUGCUUUUGUGAGCCGCUCUGACAGUAAGAGUGACAGGCGUUGGUGUAGGCUCAGCACAAGUUUCAGACCGCCACAGCUCCAAUAGUGUGCUCCUCGAUUAAAAUCUCCCCCCUUCUGAGCAUCAUGUUACGGCGGAAACCUUCCAAUGCCUCAGAAAAGGAUCAGAACCAGGUGCAGAAGAAGAAGCUGACGCUUCAGAGAUCCAGCAGCUUUAAAGACUUCAUGAAGCCCAAACCGUCUUCACCUGUGGUGAAUGCUGAGUUUACUCUGGAGGAGCCGCUUCCGGAGGGUGCAGUCCAGGAAGACUCUGGAAAAAACAGUGGAAAGCUUGGGAAGAAAUGGCGGAGCGUCAUCACUCGCACCAUGACCCGCAAGACGUCCAAGAUGGUGCAGAAAGCUCUCGCAGAGGAGGGGAUUGAGAGCGGGGAGGAUGGCUCCAUGUCCCCCAUGUCCCCUUAUGACGGAUGGACUCCAGACCUGAGUGCUGGGAACAGGACAUCUGUGUGCUCCAACAGUUCAGAGGAUACCAUCCAUUCGCCGCUCUCUCGCCAGCUCUCUGGAUGUGGGGACAGGCAAAGUCUGGACAGUGGCUUCAGUCAGAGAGACAGUAUGGACAGCCCUUACACAGGACCUUUCUGCGGCAGAGCCCUCGUCCACACUGACUUCACCCCCAGCCCUUAUGACAUCGACUCUCUCAAACUGCAGAAAGGGGAUAUCAUCCAGAUAAUUGAGAAACCACCCGUUGGCACAUGGACUGGUAAACUCAAUAACAAAGUGGGCUCCUUCAAGUUCAUCUAUGUCACUAUGCUACCAGAGGAGGACACGCCGCCAAAGAGGAAGAGGUGCCAAAGCCAGGGCCGUCGCAACAAACCCAAACCCAAAACCCUGGAGGAGGUUCUGGAGAGGAUCGGCCUCACUGAGCUUGGAAAUCUUCUCUCCAUGCAUGGUUUCCAGAGUCUGGAGGACUUUGGAGGGCUGAAAGAAUCUCACCUGAAUGAGCUCAACAUCACAGACCCUGAACAGCGUGUGAAAAUACUGACAGCUGCCGAACUACUUCAUGACUCCGAGGGAGAGUCUGAUGAAGAUGAGGAAAGGCCAGAGGAGAAGGCUGAUAUGCCACGUGACUCAGGCUGCUACGAGAGCACGGAAAACCUGGCCAAUGGGCGCGAGGAGGUCGAGCCGGAGCCUGAAGCUGAAGGUGAGGUAGAAACAGCCAAACAGGUGGACGAGGUUCAGGAACAGCUGCAGGAACUGACCGUGGAAGAGGGUUCUUGAGAGCUACACAGCAAAGCAUCACUGCUUAAUUCCACCAGCUGCCCUCUCUGGGCCUCCCUUCACCUCACUGAGGGAUUAAAGUGCUCGUUGGGGCUUGUAGCAAUCCGACUCCAUGCCAGACCUCAGAUGCACAGUCGUGUAGACUAAACGGCAGGGAAUUGACUGUAAUGUCUGAUUUGUAUUUGAAGCUGCAAAGAGGCUUUUGAAGUGUACUCACUGGAUGGACAGCGCCACUUUCAUGCAGUUGUUGUGUUUCUGUUAUUCUGGUAAUAUAUUUCAAGAGCCUUUCAAGAGCUUUUACAUGAAUUGGACUGUGUACAUAUAAAGAGAACACGUACAGUGGCGCUUUAGUACUUUGGCCAUUAUUUGGGUUUGCCAGUACUAGAGCUAUUUUUUAUCUAGUUUUACUUGAGUUUUCCUACUACAUAACAUAAAUUGUAUUUUAAAACAUUUUCUCUAUGAAUGUAUAUUAUUUGAUGUUAGUGGUAUGAAUUUCUUACAGAUUUUUUUUACUUAUUUACAAGACAAUGUGUAAUGUGUUAGUGUGCUGAUUGUAGUCUUUAGUCUAUACAUGUUUAACCACCAACAUAUAUUACUGUAUAUAUGUUUUUCAUUAUACAUUUUUGUGUUCUCUACUGUAUUGUCUUUUCUUUCCUGACUGUCAUAUAGAGUCUGUAAUUUGUUUUUUGUUCUUUGUGGUUU